AUGACUUUGAGGAGUGGCAAGGAAGUCGAAGGACCCGAGUCGGUGAUUCCUAAUGACAAGGAUGAAGAAAAGAUCGAAAAUGAGUUUGAGAAAGAAGAUAGCAAUGGCAUAGAUCCAAAGGUACUCCCGGACCCAGUCAUUACAGUUAAGAUUAACCCGCAACCUUUUCCUAGCAGGUUGGAGAAACCGAAAAAGCAGGAUAAGGAUAAGGAGAUCCUGGAGGUGUUCCGCAUGGUAGAGAUCAAUAUCCCCUUGUUAGACGCAAUCAAACAGGUGCCGAAGUACGCAAAGUUUUUGAGGGACUUGUGCAUCAAUCGAAGGAGGCUGAGGGGAGAUGAAAGAGUCAUUAUUGCAGAGAAUGUGUCGGCGGAAAUGUUUGAAACUGUUGGCAAGAAUGAGUUAGACGUUGCUUUAAUCAAGCACCUCGAGUUGGAGAUAACUCCUGAGGUGGAGUGGAGUGAAGAUUUGAAAUACACAAUAGGGGCAUUACACUCGUUGUCAACCAUAGCAAAAAGAGAGCAUAAGGAGGCGAUAGGAUGGACCAUCGUUGACAUUAAGGGAAUCAGUCCUUCCGUCUGCAUACAUCGAAUAUGGUUGGAAGAAGACACCAAACCUGUACGGCAAGCUCAAAUGAGACUCAAUCCCCUCAUGAUGGAAGUGGUGAAGAAAGAAAUUUUGAAACUGCUAGAUGUGGGGAUCAUCUUUGCAAUAUCAGAUAACCCUUGGAUGAGCCCAAUCCAGGCAGUCCCAAAAAAGGCAGGAGUGACAGUGGAGGCCAACCAAACAGGUGAGCUCAUGCCAGUGCGCAAACCUAUUGGAUGGAGGCAGUGUAUUGUCUACCGUAGACUGAACGCCGUCACUAAAAAGGACCAUUUUGCUCUUCGUUUCAUUGACCAAAUGGUUGAACGCUUAGCUUGUAGGGCUUACUAUUAUUUUUUGAAUGAAUUUUCAGGAUAUUUUUAG